AUGUCGCCGCCGGCCAGUCUCCCGCCGCCGGCCCCCGCCGGCACGCCCCUCGCCGACCUCCUCGAGUCCGGCACCUUCGCGCCUCCCGCCCCGGCGCCCCCGCCUCCCACCCCCGCCGCCAUCCUCUCCGCGUGGUCGCACCUCCGCAGCGCCGCUCCCUCCCCUGCGGCCGCCCUCGCCGCCCUCGAGACCCUCCACCUGCACCGCCGCUCGCUCCGCCUCAGCUCCGCGCACCUCGAGCUGCUCCUGCCGCUUCUCCCGCUCCACCCCCGCCUCGUCUCCCCGCUGCUCGCCACCUGCCCGCGUCUCCUCCCCAACUAUUCGCUCCCCUUCGCCUCCCUCCCCCUCGCCCCUCGGCUCCUCCUCCUGGGCGCGCUCGCCACCGCCAAGACCUCCAAGAAUUCCACCAGCAAUGGCAGCUCAGGGAGCCCCAGCACGGGGAAUCUCGGGAGUGACCACGGCGGCGACGACCCCGUUGUGGCUGUGAGUCGCAUUCUAGAGAAUAUGGAGCGGCUGGUGUCGGGGUUCGUCGAGUCGAGGAGGAUGCGCAAGGUUCAGGUUCUGUUCGAGGUAAUUUCGCCGGAGAAGUGUGAGAGUGAGGGUUAUGUGCUGUUUCCGGCGGUGAUGGCGGCUUGCGGUGGACUACGGGCAUUGAGGGUUGCUUCGGUGAGACAUCGGUUGGACUUUGCUCCAAGGUUGAAGGAGGCUCCUGAACGGACCAUUCGUUUUGCAGCUCGGAGGGCAGCUGUAGAAGGGAGGCCUGACGAUGAUCAGCGCCGUGUCCUUCUUCAGUGUGUUGCAUUAGGUUUGACACAGUGUGGGCCGGUAGCAUCUAAUGAUUCAGUGUUACGGUGUGUUCUUAUGGCACUGCUGGAGGAGCUCCUUCCUCUUCCGCGCCUGCUUAGGAUCUCAGUUAAGAGUCCAGAUGGAAAUUCAGCUGAGCUUGCAAAGAAUCAGGUCAUGCAGCACCAGGAUAGUGUCCUUUUCAAAGAAGCAGGGCCAGUGACUUGGGUUCUGUGCAAUCAGUAUUCAUUUGCUGAUGAGAAGACUAAAGAUUAUGUGGAAACUCGUGUAUGUGAAUAUGCGCAAGAGUUGUAUCAUCAUCUUCGUGCAGCAGUGUUGCUGCACCAGGCGAAACGGAAUGGUUUGCUUGCUGAGAUUGAUAAGAUCGCUGAGGCGGCAUUUUUUAUGAUUGUAAGCUUUGCGGCAGAGGUUGCAAAACACAGGUUGGAUGCAAACUCCUCAGGGGGGUUCCAGCCAGAGGUUGCUGUUAGGAUCUUGGUGGAAUUCUCUUGUGUGGAACAUCUGAGACGUUUGCGUCUUCCUGAGUACACUGAAGCAAUCCGGCGUGCUGUUGUUGUCAAUCAGGAUAAUGCGGCAGCCAGUGCUUUAUUCGUUGAGUCAAUGCCUUCAUGUGCUGAAUUGACAACCAAACCAGAUUUACUAACCUUGGAUGGAACAAGAUAUAUCUGUUACACGGAUGAGGUCCAGACGUCACGCAUAUUGUUUUAUCUGCGGGUUAUGCCUACUUGUAUUAACCUCAUUCCAACUCAUCUAAUUCGGGAUAAAUUAUCUCCGGUCAUAUUUUUAUACAUACAACACUCGAAUGAAAAAAUAACACGUGCAGUACACUCGGUGAUGGUAUCAUUCCUGUCAUCUGGCAAUGAUACUGAUCAGGAUGAUCGAGUGGCUUUGAAAGAGCAACUUGCCUUUGAUUAUAUUAGGAGAUCUUUGGAGGCUUAUCCUGGGGUAACUCCAUUUGAUGGAUUAGCGUCAGGAGUUGCUGCACUUGUUCGGCACCUUCCUGCAAAGAGCCCUGCCAUUCUUUUUUGUAUCCAUAGCCUUGUUGUGAAAGCUAAAGAUCUUUGCAGUACUGCAAUGAUACAGGACAGAUCAUUAUGGAGGUCAUGGGAAGAAAGCACAGAGCCCUGUAAGAAAAUAUUGGACUUGUUGCUGCGGCUCAUCUUCCUUGCCGAUAUUCAGUCAUUCUCUUAUCUGCUCAAGGAGCUGGCGGAAUUUGUCACCUCGUUGCCAAAGGAAGGCCAGGAUGUGCUCCUCGAUGACAUGCACGCCCAUGUUGCGGAAUCCGAUGAUGUUGUACGGAAGCCUGUGCUCGUAUCGUGGUUGCAGUCCCUAUCCUACAUAAGCUCACAAGCUGAUGUUCGUGAAUCUCGCAAUAACGCGAAAAAUGCUCGUUCUGCGGGUGGGGUUGAGCUGAGCCUGAACAGAACUAUUGCACGCUUGUAA